GGCUUCUAUCCGGCUAGGUUCGUUCGUUCAUGGCAUUAGAGUGUACACCACAAGGGUGUGAUAUCGUUCUCGUUCUCGUUCUCGUUCUCGUUCUCGUUCUCGUUCCCAAUGAUAAAAGGCCGCCGCGAACCCUUCCGUAGGCUGCAUUAGUACGGAGAUGAACUCGAUGCUGGCCACAGUUACGCCGGUCUAUAUUGUAAUUUCUUCCUUUGCGUCUUCUUUACGUAUAUAUGAGUUAGACGAAGUCGAAAACGCCUUAUAAUGUACAGGGCCGGUAAGUGCCGAUGCAACACUGACUCCAAGAGCUGAGAGGCGUAGUACAACUAGGCAUCAUGAUAGCUCGUUUGGCAUAUAAAUCUAUGGAGCUUUCCGCGGAAAUAAUAGAUUGUCACUACAAGUUUUUCAUCACUACUUGCAAUAAUGUCGUCAACCACGAUGAAGCUGUCGACGGUCCUCGCCGUGGCUAUUGGUCUCAUGAGCAAUACCAUAGAAGCCGCAGCUACAUUCUGUCCUUCAACCUACCAACCAACCAGCUAUGCACCCAUCUACGUCGAGUGCCCAACGGACGUGCAAUGGAUCCGUCCUCCCGCGAUGCUCAAUCCAAAAGAAGCCGAGUGGGUAAGAGGCCGCAAGCGCGUCGUUGCAGACGCUCUCGAUACCUACCUUGAACGCCUCUGCCUCGAGGAUUUCGAUACCCCAAGGUAUAUCCGAGCCCUUCGCCACUCAAACUACGCCCACGUCCCAACCCUGGGCCUUGCCAUCAGCGGCGGCGGUUACAGAUCCGCGUACACUGGCACCGGCGCCAUCCGCGCGUUAGACUCUCGCCUGGAAGCAGCCAACGAGCAGCGUGUCGGCGGGCUCCUCCAGAGCCUGACGUACCUGAGCGGCCUCUCUGGGGGAUCAUGGCCCGUCACCUCGAUCCCCUCGCACAACUUCCCCACAGUGGACGAGAUCGUGCAGAUCUGGCUUUCGCAACCCGACGGCGGUUCGAAUUCUAGCUCUCCUGGAAGCCCCGAGUCGAUUUUCGAAGACAUAGCUGCGAAGCUGAAAGCUGGGUUUAAUGUAUCCACUUCAGAUUACUUGGGUCGUAAUUCUGCGUAUGAGUUCCUGUCUGGUCCGCAUGGAGGGGUUAAUAAUACUUGGUCGGGCAUUGCACGGUUGAGCAAUUUUGUCAAUCAUCAGAUGCCGCUGCCGAUGCUGCAGGCGAGUGAGUUGACUGAUGAUGAUAAGGAGUAUUUUGGGCUGAAGGUUCCUUAUUAUAAUGCCACUUCAUAUGAGAUGACCCCGUUUGAAAUUGGAUCGUGGACAAAGGGGUUUACUCCCACUGAGUGGAUGGGGACGAGACUUGACGAUGGUGUUCCGGUGAACAGCAGCAUGUGUACUCUCGGAUUCGACAGCUCAAGUUUGAUGAUGGGAACCGCGACCUCAGCAGCAAACUUCUGGAUAAUCGAGAAUGAUUCCAACGGCGUUCUUGCCCCAUUUCCCAAACGCUCAAUUAACAACCUCAAGAGAAGCACGCCACUCUCUCAAAGAGACCUCUCCCUAUUCCCCAAUGCAACCCUCAAUGGGCUCCUCGAAGGCUUCAAAGGCAUCUUCGGCUUAUCCACCGCCCAGGUCGACCACGCCAUCUGGCCCAACCCAUUCGCCUCCUCGUCCUCAAGCAUCCCCCGCGACCUCAACCUCGUCGACGGCUCCGAAGCAGGACAAGCCAUUCCUCUCUGGUCACAGAUCCAACCUGCGCGCGCUUCCUCGUUUAUCAUCGCCUGGGACGACAAUCCGGACGCAGAGCCCUAUGCGUGGCUGAACGGCACUAGCAUGCAUAACACGUACCUUGCGGCAAAGGCCUCCGGCCUACCAUUCCCCAUUGUCCCCCCGCCCCGCACUAUGUUAAACAAGAACUUCACUCUGCGGCCAACAUUCUUUGGAUGUAACGCCGAUUUAACAACCACCGGAACCACUCAAUCGCCUAUUGUGCUAUACAUGGCUAACGCGCCCUAUAGCGCAUAUACGAACUACACAUGGACGCAAUCUAGUUUUUCUAACACCCAGAUGUACGAGAUUUUUGACAACUCCUUUAAUGCGUUCACGCAGGGCAAUGGGAUGCUGGACGACGAAUGGUCGGCAUGUCUGGGCUGCGCGGUGGUGGAGAGGAGUCUAGAGAAGUUGGGCAUGAGGCGGACGAGGCAAUGCGAGAGGUGCUUCAAGAAGCACUGCUGGGAUGGGACGUAUGAUGAUAGGGAGCCGGGGACCUUGGACCCAAGCUUGCUGCUGGCUCCUGGGUUGAGCUUUGCGGAGUGGAAUGCCACGUUUUGGAACUGACAGAGACAUGUAGUAGCGAAGCCCGAGUUAUGUACGAUAAACCUUAAGAUGUACUAGAUAUUUAUAGGAGAGAAAGCCAGCAACGGUCGGCCAUAGACGUUAGGCGAAUCACAAUAGCAAGUAUCUGUAACACCAUGUUUGACGUUUAGUGAUUAUUUAACGUAGUUGCAACAUGCUCAGGC